CGGCGGCUCAACGGCGCGGCGGGACCAUGGCGAGCGACGGGGGUUCGAGCGGCUCCUCGGCGGCCCCGCGGCCGCUCCACUCUGCGCAGGCGGUGGACGUGGCCUCGGCCUCCAACUUCCGGGCUUUCGAGAUGCUGCACUUGCACCUGGACCUGCGGGCCGAGUUCGGGCCUCCGGGCCCGGGCCCCGGGAGCAGGGGCCUGAGCGGCACGGCGGUCCUGGACCUGCGCGGCCUGCUGCCCCAGGGCGCCACCGAGCUGCGGCUCGACGCGCACCCGUGCCUGGAGGUGACGGCGGCCACGCUGCGGCGGCUGCGGCCCGGCCCGGGGGAGCCGCCCGCCGAGCCCGUGCCCUUCCACGCGCAGCCCUUCUCGCACUACGGCCAGGCCCUGUGCGUGGCCCUGCCGCGGCCCUGCCCGCCCGGCGAGCGCUUCCAGGUUCUGCUCACCUACCGCGUCGGGGAGGGACCCGGGGUUUGCUGGUUGGCUCCUGAGCAGACAGCAGGAAAGGAGAAGCCUUUUGUCUAUACCCAGGGUCAGGCUGUCCUAAACCGGGCCUUCUUCCCUUGCUUUGACACUCCUGCAGUGAAAUGCAGAUAUUCUGCUCUUGUUGAGGUCCCAGAUGGCUUCACAGCUGUGAUGAGUGCUAGCACCUGGGAGAAGAGAGGUCCUAAUAAGUUCUUCUUCCAGAUGUGUCAGCCCAUCCCCUCCUAUCUGAUAGCCUUGGCCAUCGGAGAUCUGGUUUCGGCUGAAGUUGGACCCAGGAGCUGGGUGUGGGCUGAGCCCUGCCUGAUUGACGCUGCCAAGGAGGAGUACAAUGGAGUGAUAGAAGAAUUUCUGGCAACAGGAGAAAAACUCUUUGGACCCUACGUCUGGGGAAGAUAUGACCUGCUCUUCAUGCCACCAUCCUUUCCAUUUGGAGGAAUGGAGAACCCUUGUCUGACCUUUGUCACCCCCUGCCUGCUAGCAGGGGACCGCUCCUUGGCCGAUGUCAUCAUCCACGAGAUCUCCCACAGUUGGUUUGGGAACCUGGUCACCAAUGCCAACUGGGGUGAAUUCUGGCUCAAUGAAGGUUUCACCAUGUAUGCUCAGAGGAGGAUCUCCACUGUCCUCUUUGGCUCUGCCUACACCUGCUUGGAAGCUGCCACGGGGCGGGCCCUGCUUCAGCAGCACAUGGAGGUCACUGGCGAGGAACACCCACUCAACAAGCUCCGCGUGAAGAUCGAACCAGGUGUCGACCCGGAUGAUACCUACAACGAGACCCCCUACGAGAAGGGCUUCUGCUUUGUGUCAUACCUGGCCCACUUGGUGGGUGAUCAGGAUCGGUUUGACACUUUUCUCAAGGCCUAUGUUAAUGAAUUCAAAUUCCAAAGUAUCUUAGCUGAGGACUUUCUAGAAUUCUACUUGGAAUACUUCCCUGAGCUGAAGGAAAGGAGAGUGGAUUCCAUUCCAGGCCUUGAGUUUGAUCGGUGGUUGAAUAGCCCUGGCUGGCCCCCCUACCUCCCCGACCUCUCCCCCGGGGACUCCCUCAUGAGGCCUGCCGAGGAGCUGGCCCAGCAGUGGGCGACCGAGGAGCUGGACAUGGGGGCCAUCGGAGCUGUGGCCAUCUCCACCUGGAAGACCUACCAGCUGGUUUAUUUCCUCGAUAAGAUCCUCCAGAGGUCCCCUCUGCCUCCGGGGAAUGUGAAAAAACUGGCAGAGACCUACCCGAACGUCUCAAACUCCCGGAACGCGGAGCUCCGGCUCCGAUGGGGCCAGAUCGUCCUUAAGAAUGACCACCAGGAGGAUUUCUGGAAGGUGAAGGAAUUUCUCCAGAGCCAGGGGAAGCAGAAGUAUACCCUCCCGCUGUACCGCGCCAUGAUGGGGGGCAGCGGGGAGGCCCAGGCCCUCGCCAGGGAGACCUUCGCGGCCACUGCCAAGCAGCUCCACAGCAACGUCGUCAACUAUGUCCAGCAGAUCGUGGCGCCCGUGGCCACAUAGAGGCUCGCGGCCCGGCCGCUGCGUCUCCAGGCUUUCCCACAUUGCGGUUCUCCGGCCCACGUCCCCGUGUUUACUCCCCCGCGCGGAAGCCUGUUCCCUGGGCUUGGGUGUCGGUGGUGCUUGGCCUCUGCUCUGCUGGAAACUUCUCUGGACCAGCCGGUCCCGAGGCCAGAGAACCUUCCAGGGCUCUGGCUGCGGCUCCUGGCUCUGGUGAGGUCCCCGUCUUCUCCCUCCUCCCCACUCCCUGGAAGGAGCAGAGACGAUUUUCUUAUCCUACCCCUGCCCUCCCCUCCCCUCCUCUCCCCUGCCCUCCCUUGCUCUCCCCUCUCCUGCUUUCCCCUCUUCUCCCCUUUUAUUUUCUUUUCUGAUUCUUGAAAUACUAUGCAAGGGGCUAUAAGUUUAAUCUUUAUUUUAAUAAACAUUUUUAAGUGACAAUUAUCUAA